AUGAGGCUCAAGUGGAUGCGCGUCUCUCUUUUGAUCUUGGUUCUAGUCCUGGGGAACUCCCGCGGCUCCCAGGUGAAGUUUGGCCGCUUGGAUCGGUGGGUGAAGACCGGGUUUCAGUCCCUGAAGUUAAACUUGUGCCGCAGGGUGUCUCUGUCUGAGGGGGAAUGUAAGCGGCUGUCCCAUCUUCAGCUCAGCGGGGUGGCGGUGUACGUCUCCGAGCCAAACUCUGAGAAAGUACUCGCCAUUCUCCCAGAUUCCUAUUCUUCAGCGAUGCUACCGCCGAAGCAGGGCGGUUAUGGUACGAGUUCGGUACCGGAGGACAGACAUCAGGAUUUCUUCCCGGGAUCGACUGCGCAUGAUGCCGUGCUGGUGUUGGAUCCUAGUCCCGGAGAGAGUUUCGGACACCCCGUGGUUCUCUUUUAUGUGGACCUAAACACGACCAAGAAAAAAUGUGCACAUAUGGAUGGAAUUUAUUUAGGUAAGACCAUAUUCAUGUAAUAUGUUUACUUUGAAAAAUAAACUUUUAAUAUGGAUAUCUCAAUUUAUAACUUUUUUCUUAUAAUAAACGUUUUUUCUUAUAAGUAGCCCACUGGGCAUAGACAUCAAUACAAUGUCUAUUCCACGUUGGGUGGAAACAACGUUAAUUCAACCAGUGUGUAUCCAGUGGGUGGGUAAAUGUUCUAAUUUAAUUCUACAAUAACGUUUUGAAAGGCUAUCCCAUUUAAAGAUGAAUUAGCCUAAUUGUAAGGUCAAAUGUAGUCUUAAACCUUUAACUGUUCCUUCUUCAAAAACAUGUUGAAAAAAAAACAAUUUCACCUUAAAUUCCUAUUACUAACAAUGCAAAUAAGAACUUCCAAUAUUUAUUUUUUCAACUUGAUGUUUAUUUAGGAAAUAACAGAGAUCUACCAUGCAGUUGAGAAGUCAAAAGAGGGUCAUAUCAACACUGCCUUAUUCGAAUGGCAAUUUGAAUAGGCCUAGCAUUUUUACUCAUCUCAACAAUAUUUCAACAAAAAUUACUUUAGGUCUGCUUCAAUGACUUUUAUAGGUAGGUAGGUAAGCAUUGGUAAAUGAGGAUUGAUGUCAAAUUUUAACAAAUUAUGGUAAUUUUGUAUGUCCAAACAUGAAUAUUCAAUGACGUUGAAAUGAAUGCGUUUUCAGGUGGUAUAGAUUACUAUUAUAGACAUUCUUUUAUAUGCGACCUUAAGUCUGAAUAUUGAUUAAUUGAUCACAUGGGUCAUGAAAUGUGGUUAAACCAAUUUAUGCUGCCUAAUAAUAUAGCAUGUUGUCAUAUUCACCUUACUUUUUACUGAUGUAUCAACCGCCUGGUUGAGCACAUUUUUCCAAAAUGUUUGCUUUUGAGCCUUUUUCAUAUUCCUGGAACGGUGCAAUAUUAACCCCUCACCAACUAAAUUCCUAACUUUUAUCACAUAUGGUGACUGAUUUUUGAGUGUUUUCAGCCCUCUGAGUGGGCAAAGUUAGAGUGCCACAACACUGAACUGCAGCACCCCAAAAGGAGACAAAUUAUGUUAAUUGAAUCAGGAAGGCUGGGGGAGUUGACCAAUCAAGUUCAAGUGAAUCUUUUUUUUUCAAUAUCCGCCUCUAAAUCCAUUGUCAAAAUAUGCUCUAACAGCCGGUUAGAAACAAGGUUAAAGAGUUUUUAAACACUGGUGUUCCAGAUCAGCUUGUUAUAGAACAUUUCUAAGAUGUGGUUUGAUUGAGAACAUGAUUUCCUACAUGGACAGCUGUUUCAACCAUUUAUCAAUCCACAAUGCUGUAAAAGUGAUGAAGUGUUUUCAAAUGGUCAGAAGUUACGUAGCCCGACUCCCAUGAGAGGGAGUCAUUCUAUGAGACUGGAAGGGGAAAUCAGAACAUUCUCUCCAUAUGUACUGGGAUGCAGAGAGAGAGAGUGCGCUGAAGGGGUGAGAGCACUGUGAGAGAACCGGAACAGGACAAGUGUGUGUUUGUGUGUGUAUCGUGUGCAUGCCGUGUGUGUACCGUGUGUGUGUGUGUGUGUGCAUACCGUGUGUGUGUGUAUGUUACGCCUGGGCGAAAGUGUGUGUGUGUGAGAGAGAGAGAGAGAGUUUGUAAGCAGUAAGCAGUGCGAGAUAAGAGAGCUCUCAGGACCCGUCAGGUGGUGGACACCCUGCUGGGAUAGCAGAGGGUCCAGAUGCAUGGCUGAACCCAGUCACUGCCACCAGUCAUCUAUUCACAAUAAGACCUCUCCAUUAUUCAUCUUGAGUGGAUGCUGUCCUUAGCUGAAACCAUCCAUUCCAGUCAGCACCACCUACCACCCCACCAUCCACCACCCUCUGCCCUUUCAGCCUCUCCACCCUGCUGCACUUGGACAGGAGGUAGGAGUUCCACAACUCUCAACUGUGUCUCUCUACGGACCCUUUUAACUUCUCAGCUCUGCCCUGCCUCACACACUCCUGUCUAGUGCACGACAGCUCUGCCCUGCCUCACACACUCCAGUCUAGUGCAUGCCAGUGGACAGACAGAGACCAAAGUUGACGCGGUUCCAGGUUAAUUAUCAAUACAGCUGAAAUCAAAAGUAUCAUCUAUCUGUGAGGAUCAGCUAUGAGGUAUGCAGCUUUGCUCAUUCGUUUCAUCUACUGAUUGUUUCUCACUAGAGAAAGGCUUAUAUAGUUAAAAGGGGCAGAGGGGUUGAAAUGCUUAAAAUAGGUUAAUUUGAAACAGAUUAAAACAAUUGGACUGAAUGUACGAACGUCACCACUAAAAUAAUACUGAGCAGGAAGACGGAGGCCGGAGGGGUAAUAGCAGCUCAACUCAGUCACGUUAGGAAGGCUUGGAUCUGGAAGUGUUUUGGGGGUUUGCAUGUGUCCAAGCUUGACCACCUCAUCUGAAGCUGAGGGGAAACACUAAGAGAGAGAGUACCACCCAGGUCUUUUUGUGUUCAAUAUAACGAGACCCAGGAAAUGGGUUAAUGACCACAGUGAGCAACAGGAAAUGGGUUAGUGACCACAGUGAGCAACAGGAAAUGGGUUAGUGACCACAGUGAGCAACAGGAAAUGGGUUAGUGACCACAGUGAGCAACAGGAAAUGGGUUACUGACCACAGUGAGCAACAGGAAAUGGGUUAGUGACCAUGAUGAGCAACAGGAAAUGGGUUAGUGACCAUGAUGAGCAACAGGAAAUUGGUUAGUGACCACAGUGAGCAACAGGAAAUGGGUUAGUGACCACAGUGAGCAACAGGAAAUGGGUUAGUGACCAGAGUGAGCAACAGGAAAUGGGUUAGUGACCUCAGUGAGCAACAGGAAAUGGGUUAGUGACCUCAGUGAGCAACAGGAAAUGGGUUAGUGACCACAGUGAGCAACAGGAAAUGGGUUAGUGACCAUGAUGAGCAACAGGAAAUGGGUUAGUGACCAUGAUGAGCAACAGGAAAUGGGUUAGUGACCACAGUGAGGAACUUGAAAUGGGUUAGUGACCACAGUGAGGAACUUGAAAUGGGUUAGUGACCUCAGUGAACACACACUUUCUCUCACCCACAUACGUUCUCUCUUAGUGAGUGUUCAUCCUGAAUGACUGGUCCAGGAAGCUCUCUCUCCAAACUGUCACAUUUGUCAAAAAUAAAGAAAUUAAAAAAAAAAAUUAAACCUUUUUUGUUGUGACAAUAAAAACAUACAAAAACAAGACAACUCAACAUUUACACAAAUUUACACUAACCUUAAUGACAUCACACAUGCUCAGAUCCACAUGUUCCCACCGUAUCCACACCCAAUAUUGUUUCUAAUGCUUGUAAGACUCUAUAAGACAAUAUGUCUCAGGAAAUAAAUGUAAAGUCCACAGCUUUGUCUUGUUAAAACACAGACGCAGGCUAUGGACAUUGGGGCCCGGGCUGUGGACAUGGGGGCUGGGGCUAUGGACAUUGGGGCCCGGGCUGUGGACUUGGGGGUGUUGUUGUAUUAUGUUGUGUUGUGUUUCAAUAUGUGAUGUGUUGUUGUUGUUGUUGUUGUUGUUGUUGUGUCUCACCUGACCUUACCUGUGUUGUGUUGUGUCUCCAGGAGAGGAGUGUCUGACCCUGGCCACGAAGAGUCGCUGUCAGAACCAGCUGAAGCGCCGUCAGAGCGGCAGUGAGCGGCUGGCGGGGAACGGGCGUGCCCGCAAGGCUACCGUGGCGAGGCCCAGGGUCAGCCCAGGGAGGGUGGAGCGCAGCGGGGGUCUCUGUGAGAUACACUUCCUUCCCAUGGUGGUCGGGGUCAGGGAUAACAACCGGACACAGAGGCUACGAUGCGUGGGUGAGUUGGUGCCAACCUACCAGGCGUACAGUAGCCUGGUUCCAGAACUGUUUGUGGCGGUGUUGCCGAGUUGACGAGACAGCACAAGCAGAUCUGGGACUAGGCUAGGAGUACACAAUAUUAGCCAACAUGGGGACACAAUGCUGUAGCCUGAUGUAGCCUGAUGUAGCCUGAUGUAGCUGGAGCUCCAAUGCACCAGUAGGCACCAAGAGGGUGAGUACGUAAGCUACAGUCUCUGUCUCUACACCAUGUUGUGUGAUGAUAUUCUGUGUGUUUCCAGACCACCCAGACUUUGCCCGGUGCCCCCAGCCUCUGCCCCUCACCAGCCCCAACAUGCCAGUGUCCAGCUGUGAGCUCAACAAGAACACCAGGCGAUGCCACCAGCAGCCCCUCGCCUCCCACCUGUCCUGCCGUCUCUACCAGACCUGUGA